UUUACUUUGCGAGCAAUUCACUUAAAGCGCAGCAGCAUUUAAACUUCACUGGCCCAUAGAUGAGACGAGCGCUCUGACAGUCCCUAAAUCAUCCCAGGAAGACGGCAGAAACUACUGGAAAGGCAACCAAUCCGACAGUCCACACUCUCAGACAGUUCAUCUGAUCCGCAAACUACCUGCAGAAGAACAUGGAGGGCACACAUCCAAAUUUCUCCGGCACUUGGGAGAUGACGAGCUCAGAAAACUUCGAGGAAUUAUUGAAAGCGCUGCAUGUGAACCCAAUUUACCGCAAGAUUGCAGUGAAAGCAGCCGCCAACCCACAGGUAGCGAUUGUACACGAAGGAGAUAAUCUGACGAUUAAAACCUCAACCACAGUCCGCACCACCAACAUCACCUUCGUCGUUGGGGAGGAGUUCAGAGAGACCACGGUGGACGGACGUGACUGCAUGAGUUUACCACGCUGGGAGACAGACAGCAAGAUCAGCUGUGAGCAGCGUCUGCUAAAGGGAGAGGGACCCAAGACAACCUGGACCCGAGAGAUCACCAGUGACGGCAGGCUGAUCCUGACCUUCACAGCGGAUGAUGUGAUUUGCACCAGAAUCUACGAAAGACGAUGAAAAACAGCUCGCUUCUUGUCCCUCCAGCCCUUCUCCCCCUGCAUCACCACUUGCAUCUGUGCCCCACUUUGUCAUUGCUGGGUGAUAGCAGUCUAUAGUUUUAUUCCAUUAUCCACAUUAGCUUCACUAUGUAAUAAGUGUCGCAGCUGAAUCUAGCAUGUCACAUACAGUAUGUACACUAUAGUCUUAGCUCCCGUGUUACUCAUCCGUCGCUCCAGCCCCCACCAAGUGUGUCCGACUGGAGCUUGACCCGCUAAGUGAUAGCUCAUGUAUUUGGCAUUGUUUGUAUGUUUGUGAGUUGAGUGUUUCCACGGUAGCAGACGAGAUGUGAGACUAUAUUUUUAGACGUGUGAACCAGUCUAUGAACUCUUCCAGUUUCGGGUCAGUUUUGAUGUGUCCCUCUGUGCUCUCCGUAUCUAUAGCCCUGUCCCACACCCUUUUCUAACCUGUGGCUACAUUUUAUAUUUACUACUACACUAGAGUCAGUUUUUAAAUUGUGUUUCUUUUAUAUGAAAUGUGAUUACAGGAAACAGUGCUUUCUAUGAGAAAAACAAUAAACCACAACAUCAGCUUGA